AUGAGUACACAAGAAACGAGUGACGAAAUGAGUAACGAAAUGAAUGUGGGAAUGAGUGACGAAAUGAGUACUCGCGAUGAAACGAGUAGCGAAGUCGUCCAUGGAAUCGAUUUCCGCGACCGCUUCUCUUCCAUCAGAGUGAACCCUGGCACAACCCAAGCAGGUAAAUCGUUUAUUACUAAAUUUCAAACACGCUUGCGUACAAAGUACCAAGAUCGAAAAGGAGAACUUGAAAAGCUCUGUUUAUACGGUGAAAGCGGCGACAAGUCUACUCUUGAGCACAUGGAAGAAUUGGAUGACGAAAUAUCAUACAAAUUUCAACAGAAAGCUGCUGAGUUCGCAAAACAGAUGGUAACCCUUGUCUUGUCUGAAUGGCAUACAGAUCGUGCUUCAAAAGGAAAGAAACCCAACACCCGUGCAAGCAGCAGCUCAAACCGAUCCGCUCCGUAUUCAGCUGUAUCCUCUCGAUCAAUAUCGAAAGCACCCCAAAUAUCUCACACUUAUGAUUCCACCAGACACUGCCAAAUUUCACCUUUGCCUACGCUUAGUAUUGCUCCUAGGACCGAGAAUCAUCUUUCUGUUGCCGUCCAUUUGGAGCGUUCCUCGGCCGGGGCACAACAUUUACCUGUGUUCCAACCUUACAAAGAUAUCAUAUCCUCUGAAGGAAAAGAUCUCGCAGACAAGUUGCUUUCUGAAGCUAUCAGGGUAUGUUCACAACCUAAUCACACCAGUUACCUGGCGCAGAUCCAAACCUAUGACGGAGUCGAAGUGUCAAAUACACCUUAUUCCCAAUCGUCACAGCCAUCUACCACGUCAAACGUGACAGGCUCGGCUCGUUCCGAGCCAUCCCAGCUACCUGCCUUGAAUAAUGCUGCCGCUUCAAACUCAUUAAAUCUCCCCUCAGCUGCAGAACUAGGGCUUCCAGGCUCACAGAGCAGCUGUCCAGCCCCCGGUGAUCAUCAGUAA